AUGGAAGUCCUGACAAACAAUCAUGAAAUUACCCCUAAAUCCUUAGAGAUAAUCUUAACGAACGCCGGAAAAAAAUAUAUUUUAUACCCGUUGUCGCUAAUCUCUUCCCAGGAUUCGUGGGUUCGCGACCUCCGUGCUCGACUGAAGGCGUGGAUGGACCGCAGAGUUUCGAUGACUUCGCGUCCUGCUCUUUUCAGUUACGUUUUGAAGCAACGUCAGCACGCCAAGAGCGUGGGAGCGGCGUUGGUGGCGCAGGAAUCAGCCGCCACAGCAGUCAGGUCGCAGAGGACUCUUCGGCGUCGCCUUCAGCGCCUUCAGGAGGACUACCACAAGCUCAUAGGCGUGGCUUGGGAGCUCACCCAGGGCCUGGAAGCGGCUGUGAGAGGAGAGAGAGUGGACCUGGAGGCGACCCUCGCUGCUUGCACUCACAGAUACCCUGAGCUCUUUACUCUCACACUCACUGCAGACACGACGGCCAAACCUGCUGCCAUCCUGCUGGAGUCGAUGCAGAGGUGUGGGCGGCGUCCGGGCGUGACUGCCUCCGUCCCCGCCCUCGAUUUCGAGCGAGUGCGGGUGGAACUUGGAGCUGCUCCGGAGACCCACGUGCUGCUCCUGCUGCAGGCGCUGCGACACCGCAUCACCCGCGUGAGCACGGGCAGCGUACGGCAGGCGGUCGUCACAGCCUACGCGAGGGGCGACGUGCUGGGCGUGCGAGGGCCGUGCAGGUCGUGGAGUCGUCUGGCGGCCGCCCUCACCCCCAUCACACCACAACCCUCCUUGCGCAGACGACGGCCAGGUCAUCAACGCCCUCACUGCCUUCGGCGCCGGCAGGAGCUAUCUGUGCAGCGAGGAGGUGUGCCAGGUGCUCCUGGGGGCGCUGAAGGUGGAGGAAUCCGACCCCACCACGACGGACAUGACCCUCGCCGCCCUGCAGAAGCUCUCCAUCAGGGGCGAGGUCCAGUCGACCCUGAUCCGCAACGGCGCCGUCGAAUGGCUCGUGUCGACCCUAGGGAACACCACCAACCUCUCGCCCUACACCAUGGAGUACGCGACGGCCCUGCUCAUGAACCUGACGCUGAGGUCCGCCGGGAGGUCGCGCUGUGUCCCCCUCGCCCGGAGCCUCCUGCCGACGCUCACGCACCUCCUGGCCUCCGUGCCCGUGCAUGUCGUGCCCUAUGUGACCGGGGCGCUGUACAGCCUCCUGUCACACCCGGCUCUGCGUCAGGAGGCUUUUCAUCUUGGGCUGGACACAUCCCUUCAGCAUCUCGCUCAGAACGGAAGCAACGAGCAGAGGCGACAACUGGAGUACAUCGUCGAGCAGAUCCGUCGGGACCCCCCCCUCUCCCCCCCUCCCUCGCCCGAACCCCAUCUGGAUAUAGAGAUACCACCACUAUCCCCUCCCCUUCUCCUUCUUCUCCCCCCUUCAAGGAGGACCCGGAAUGGCUGGAGGAGGAGCUUGACCAAGACGACCCAGUUCGACCUCCACCCCACACUCCCGCCGGCGAGGACCUCCUGACCUGGCGCUACACUCUCCACCCGGGUGAGUCUCGGCUGCCAGCUGACCCGCGCAAGGAAGCUGCUCCGACAAGGUCAGCCCCCGUCCCUACCGUGCCCUGGGACCCCCGGGGCACCACCCCCCAGGCCCGCCCCAACUCAGAUGGUUUUGUCAUGAGGAGAAAUUACAAUGUGGUUGGACAGUUUCGGGUUUAA